UGGGGGCUUUGUAUCCCAGCUCUCCCUGUUAGUAUAGCUAGUCCGUACUUGGUCGUUUGUUUCAUAUCGACUAUUCUCUCACAUUUCAUUAUUACGAAUAUUAUGAUGACGCGCUUUAUUCGGCUUUCCAUUCUAUCGAGUUUCUUUCUCCAGAUGCAAAGGGCAACUGAUUCGAUUCGAUUUCUGUGAGGAAUCCUCGUGAAAGACAAUAAUUCACAGUUUCUUAAAAACGGACAUAUAGCCUACCACAAGUCCACUUCUACCAUCUCACCAUCAGUAGUGCCACCACCAUACCCCAAGGGGGGUUAAACCAAGGUAAACUAAGAACAGGAGAACAUCAUGGGAUCACUCUUUAGGGAAUGCAGGAAUGGCUGGAUCGUGGUCGUCGGCCGAUUCAUCAGCGGCUUCGUCGAGGUUGGGACGGUGAAGAGCUUCGGCGUACUCCUGCCCGAGAUAGUGACACAGCUCAAUGCCACGUCGGGAAAGAUCGGGCUUGCAUUUGGACUUUGCCAUGGACUUACAUUUGGUUUGGGUCCAUUGACGAGUGCUCUAUACCGAUGGACGCAGAGCCGUUGGGUGAUGGUGAUGGGUACCUUAAUAGCAACCAUCUCUAUCACACUUGCAUCCUUUGCCACUGAUGGGAGCCACCUUCUGGUUGCACUCAUCUUCACGGGACUUGGGUACUCAUUAAUGUGCCUACCGACCAUAAUGGCGCUUAACAAGCACUUCGUCGACCGCUUCGCCCUAGCCUAUGGUGUCGCUCAGACCGGCCCCGCUGUCGGUAUGAUCGUCCUGCCGGUCAUCACUGAGAACCUGGCUCAUGGUUUCGGUUGGAAAGGCGCCCUCUUCCUUCUAGGUGCCAUCAACUUCCACAUGAUGAUCACGGCUGUGGUCACCCGGGAACCCGAGCAUGUUUAUGGACACUGGCGGAGAAAGAAAACUAGUGAUCCAGAUGAUAUGGAGAGCAAGAGAGCACAGUUCGAGAAGGAUGCAUGUAACUUGAAGGAAGUCAAGUCUCUUGGAGCGGCGGUAUUGUUGAAUGGUGGAGCGGAGGAAAUCCCAUACCAGCAACGCGAUGGGGCAAAAUAUGGCAGCUGCAUGAACCUGUCAUCGAAUGUGUCCAAAGCGGCGAGAAGGAAUUCUUUCUUGAUGAGAAAGUUCAAAUCUUGUGACGAGGAAGACAUUGCGAUUAUGUCUGAUGAUGAAUUCAGUACGCCUAAGCAGAACCUUCGCGACAAAUUUGAGAAACGGAAGCCGUAUCACAGAUAUGGCAACGAUACCGUCAACUGUAAUGACAAACAACCACUUUUUUCUGAUAGUCGUGGUAAAUACUACGGUAAAGAACACUGGGCAUACGAAAUCAGGAAGCUGAGUUACGUCUCAGAAGAGCAUGAGUCCGUUGAUAGCCGUGAGAGACUGAGGAAAGGCGGUACUUUGCGAUCAUCCUGCAGUUCUUGCUUGAGCUCCUGCAAGUCUGGUGCCAUGACCGUUGUCCGGUUCCUAGACCUCGAACUCAUGCGGGACGCACCGGCUUUGAUCGUCCUGCAGCUUUCGUUCAUUCUUCUCACUUCCGUCCAUGUCGGUUGGAUGAUCUUCCUGGUACCCCACGCUAUCGCAAAAGGCAUCCCAUUGGAGAGUGCUGUCUUCCUUUCUUCAGUUGGCGGGGUUGGUAACCUGAUCGGUCGAAUCGUCCAGGGGCCUAUUGUGGACAGACGACUCUUGACGGGUGUCCAGCUUUCUAUCCUACUAUCCAUUGUCAACGCAAUCACAUUCGCGAUUGACCCGUUGCUGCAGACCCUACCUGUUCUCUGCGUCGAUGCGUUCUUCAGUGGACUUUGUAGUGGCGCUUUGAUCCCACUUGUAGCUAUAUGUGUCAAGGAGGUUGUUCCCAGGGACAGAUUCGCCAAUGCUGUGGGUCUCGUGUCACUCUCCUACGGCAUAGGAGAACCUCUUGGUGGUUAUUUAGCAGGAAAGCUUUCUGACGUCACCGAUUCUUACGAGAGUGUCUUUCUAGUAUUUGGUGGCCUGGAAUUUCUCAAGGUUCUGCUACUACUUGUGGUCGCAAUCAUGGUUUGGAGAGAGAGCAGAGCAACACCGAGUUGAUGAAGCACUACUGUUCAGUAUCAAAAUAAAACCUUUCGAGAAUCUCAGGGUUCAUAUAUUCAUGGUGCAAAUUAGCUUUACUAGCUACCAGUACUGAGGGGUGUUUCACAAAGAUCCGAAGUGGAACUUAUCUCUAAGUUGGAUUUAACAAUUAUGGAAAG